AUGCAAGCUUUCAUUAAAGAACCAUCCAAACAUUCACAUGCACCUGAUCCAGAUCGACUUCACAUAAUUCGACUUAAAAAUGAGAUUAAACUUCGCGGUACAUCAUCAGCUGAAGCACCAAGUACAAUCUUGUUUGAUGUAUUACGUUCAACACCAUUGACAGCAGCAUUUGGUUUACCUACGAAUGAUGCAUUAUUGCAAACAAUUAGUCGUGAACGACCAGCUAUACAACUUGAUCAUCAUGUUCGUUUACCUCUUAUAUUACGACAAACUGAUCGUGGUGAAAGCUUCAUCUUGUAUGAAGUUGAUUCUAUGGUUAUAUUUACAUGUGAUAAAAAUCUUUCGGUAUUAAAGGAAUGUAAACAUUGGUUCAUGGGCGGAACCUUCAGUAUUUGUCCCAACGGUUAUUAUCAAUUAUGUACUGUUCAUGGAAUGUAUUCACUUCAAAUUAUUCCUCUUGCAUAUGUUUUACUUAUUGGAAAAAAUACUGAUGAUUAUAGUAGUCUCUUUGAACAGCUCUUAUUGCAUUAUGAUUAUGAACCUGAGUCUAUUUUAGUUGAUUUUGAGAGUGCUACUCUUAAAUCAACUAAGACAAUGUUUCCCGAAGCUAUUCAGACAGGUUGUCUUGUGGCGAGAAGUACAAUCAUUAGCCGACGUGGUAAACCAAGAUUUAGUUUACAACUAUGGAAUAUUUAUGAUCGAGUUAUACAAGACUUGCCAAGAUCUAAUAAUGCCAUAAAUGAUUGGCAUCAUGCAUUCAAUAAUCAGGUAUCAAUCAAACAUCCUGCUAUAACUAAACUUGCAAAAUGUAUACUACGUGAACAAGCGAGAUUUGAAAUAGAUAUUGCACGACUUCGUGCAGGUGAACUACCAAAGAAAAAAAAAGAGUUUAUGUGGAUCUUGAUGCACGAUUGA